AUGAAGGCGUUCGCGGCAAUAUUCGUAAUUCUUUUAAUUUUCGUCUUCAUAUCUGGCUCGGUUCAGCAAUCUGUAAAUCCUCCAGCAACGCCGACUACUCUGUCAGCAACGCCAACUACUCUGUCAGCAACGACGACAACUACUCCGUCACCAACGACAACUACUCCGUCCACAACAACUACUCCGUCCACAACGACAAGUACUCCGUCUCCAACGACAACUACUCUGUCACCAACGACGACGACUACUCCGUCACCAACGACGACUACUCCGUCACCAACAACGACAACUACUCCGUCCACAACGACGACUACUCCGUCAACAACGACAACUACUCCGUCAACAACGACAACUACUCCGUCAACAACGACAACUAAGAAACCAACGUUUACAUGUACGCGACCGGGCAGAUUCCCAAAUACGAGUGCCAAAUUAUGCAACAAGUACUACUAUUGCUACUACGACGGAACGGAGCUGAAAAUGUACAAAAAUAUGAAGUGUCCUAACAAGUUAAUAUUUGAUGCGACUACGCAACGAUGUAUAGUGGCUCCUGCAGGCUUCGUAUGCCCGUAUGCAUGA